GGUUGCAGUGAGUUAGGAUGAUGCCACUACACGUUAGCCUGGACAACAGAGCUGAAAGAAAGUAUAGUGAUCUCUCAUAUACCUUUCAUCUAGAUUGACUAUUAACAUUUGGCCAUAUUUGGUUUAUCUCUAUGUAUGUGUAUGUAGAUAUAUAUCUAUAUGCACUUGCAUUUGUGUGUUGCGUGUAUGCUUUUUUUAAACCUGAUUCUUUUGAAAGUAAGUUUAGAAAAGAGGCAGUGGGGGAACAGUUAGUAGGCUAUUACAGUGAUCAGUAAGAGAUAAUAUGAUGGUGUUUUGAUGUUGUGAUGGUGAUAUCUUAAGUGCUAGGAGAUGAGUACAGGACAUCUUGGGAGUAUACAUACUCCUACUCUGUCAUUUCUGGUAGCCAGAAGAGGUUUCAUGAAGACAGUGACAGGUAAACUAAAACCCAAAGGACCCUUUAGAAUUAACCAGGUAACAGGUGAAAGAGAGCAUUCCAGACCAAGGGAACAUAAUAUGCAAAGGUCUGGUAUCAUGGGGAGGACCUCAUGUGUUUGAGGAAACUGCAUGUAGAUUUGCAUGUCCAGGUGAUCCGGGUUGCAGUGAAAAAAUGGGGAGUUACUGCAGAAAGAGGGAAGCAGAUCUUAGAGGGCCUUUUAAACUAGGUUAAGGAACUGAGAGUUUAUCUUGAGGGCAGUGGGAACCAUUGAAGGUUUUAAGUAGGGUCAGAAUGUGCCCAGACGCAGUUUUGAAAGAUUCGUCUGACUGAAGAGUGAAGAAAGGAUUGGAGGGAGGUUUGAGAAGAGGCAAGGGGACCAGUUAGGAUCCAUUGCGCAAGAUGGUGGCAGUAGGAAUGGAAAGAGGUAGAUGGAGAUUUUCAGGAGGAAGAAUUGACAGCACAGAACAACAACUGGAGGCGAGACUGUGGGAACUCAGGGUGAGUCCCAGUCUUCUAGCAUGGCAGGAGGAUGGAUGAUGGAGCCCUUUACUCAGUAGUCAGGGAGGGCUGAGACACAGUGAGGUCACUUGUAGAUGUGGUUUGAGGUGUCUGUUGGUGAUCAGUUGGAAAUGUCUGGCUGGCACCCCUGAACUCCAGGGUGGAGGCCUGAAUUGGAGGCAGUGAAGGUGAGCUGUGCCCUCUGCCUUCUCGCACAGCCCCAGCCUCAACAUGUGCAUAAGGAGGCUUUUGCAGUGUCCCCCUCUCCAGUGGGCUCGGAGGGCAGCCUUCCUGAAACACUUCCAGUCCGACCACCAGGAAACCCACCGGUGGACACAUUUUGGAGGCAGCACUUACAGAGCCGUGAUUUUUGACAUGGGUGGAGUUCUCAUUCCUUCUCCAGCGGGAGUGGCUGCAGAAUGGGAGAUACAGAAUCAUAUCCCUUCUGGAACCAUAAUGAAGGCCUUUAAGGAAGGUGGUGAAAAUGGGCCUUGGAUGAGAUUUAUAAGAGGAGAGAUAAAAGUACAGGAUUUCUUACAAGAAUUUGGGAGACUUUGCUCUGAAAUGUCAAAGACCUCUGUGCCUGUGGACUCAUUUUUCUCUCUGGUGACCAGUGAGCAAGUGUCAAAGCAGUUCCCAGUGAUGACUGAGGCCAUCACUCAAAUUCGGGCAAAAGGCCUUCGGACUGCAGUCUUGAGCAAUAAUUUUUACUUUCCCGAAGGGAGAAGCUUUUUGCCCCUGGACCGGAAACAGUUUGAUGUGGUCGUGGAGUCUUGCCUGGAAGGUAUCUGUAAGCCAGACCCCAGGAUCUACCAGCUGUGCUUAGAGCGGCUGGGCCUGCAGCCCUCUGAGUCCAUCUUUCUUGACGAUCUUGGACCAAAUCUAAAAGCAGCUGCCAGCCUUGGCAUUCACACCAUUAAGGUUCGUGACCCAGAGACUGCAGUAAAGGAAUUAGAAGCUCUUUUGGGUUUUACAUUGAGAGCGAGUAUUCCAAACACGCGUCCUGUGAGAAAGACAAUGGAAAUUCCAAAAGAGUCCUUGGAGAAGUACCUCAAAGACUUACUGGGGAUCCAAACCACAGGCCCGUUGGAACUCCUACAGUUUGAUCACGGGCAGUCAAAUCCAACUUACUACAUCAGACUGGCCAAUCAUCAGCUGGUUCUGAGGAAGAAACCUCCAGGGGCCCUCCUUCCAUCUGCCCACGCAGUGGAGAGGGAGUUCAGGAUUAUGAAAGCCCUUGCAAAAGCUGGAGUACCUGUCCCUAACGUUGUUGACCUCUGUGAAGAUUCAAGCGUCAUUGGCACCCCCUUCUAUUUGAUGGAGUACUGCCCAGGCCUCAUCUACAAAGACCCCUCCCUGCCAGGCUUGGAGCCCAGCCAGAGGCGAGCCAUAUACACUGCCAUGAACAGAGUCCUGUGCAAAAUCCACAGUGUGGACCUCCAGGCUGCGGGCCUGGAAGACUACGGGAAGCACGGGGACUAUAUUCCACGCCAGGUGCAAACCUGGAUUAAGCAGUAUCGAGCCUCAGAAACCAGCACCAUCCUGGCGAUGGAGAGGCUCAUCGAGUGGCUGCCACUCCAUCUCCCCCAUCAGCAGAGGACCACGGUGGUGCACGGGGACUUCAGGCUCGACAACCUGCUGUUUCAUCCAGAAAAGCCAGAGGUCCUUGCUGUCCUUGACUGGGAACUUUCUACCUUAGGCGACCCCCUUGCCGAUGUGGCCUACAGCUGCAUGGCUCACUACCUGCCAUCCAGUUGUCCUGUGCUGAGAGGUUUUAAUGACCGUGAUUUGACUCAGCUGGGAAUCCCUACUGCAGAGGAGUAUUUCAGGAUGUACUGUCUUCACAUGGGGAUCCCUCCCAUUGAGAACUGGAACUUCUAUAUGGCUUUCUGCUUUUUCCGUGUGGGCGCCAUCCUGCAGGGAGUCUACAAGCGAUCGCUCACAGGGCAGGCAAGCUCAGCAACUGCCGAACAAACUGGAAAGCUGACUGAAUUUAUGUUUAACCUGGCAUGGGAUUUUGCCGUCAAAGAAGGGUUCCGGGUUUUCAAAGAGAUGCCGGUCACAAAACCAUUAACGAGGUCCUACCACGCGUGGGCCGGUCCACAGUCCCCGCUGAGCCCCACAGGCACGAGGAGUUACAGCUCCAUUCCAGAAGCUUCCCCAGCUCCUGCUUCAAAGGGAGCUCUGGUGAUCUCUCCGGGGGGCCUUCGCCCGCCAGUCAGGGAGCUGUAUGAGCGGCUGGACCGCUUUAUGAAACAGCGUGUAUACCCUGCAGAGCCAGAGCUGCAGAGUCACCAGGCCGCAGAGGACAGAUGGAGACCCGCCCCACUGAUAGAAGAUCUCAAGGAGAAAGCCAAGGCUGAAGGACUUUGGAACCUUUUCCUACCCUUGGAGACUGAUCCCGAGAAGAAAUAUGGGGCAGGACUGACCAACGUGGAGUACGCACAUCUGUGUGAGCUCAUGGGCACGUCUCUGUAUGCUCCUGAGAUAUUUAACUGCUCUGCCCCCGACACGGGGAACAUGGAGCUUCUGGUGCGGUAUGGCACCGAGGAGCAGAAGGCCCGCUGGCUGACCCCCUUGCUGGAGGGCAGGGCCCGCUCCUGCUUUGCUAUGACCGAGCCCCAGGUUGCCUCUUCGGAUGCCACCAACAUUGAGGCUUCCAUCAGAGAGGAGGAUCGCUUCUAUGUCAUAAAUGGUCACAAGUGGUGGAUCACAGGUGUCCUGGAUCCUCGCUGCCAACUCUGUGUGUUUAUGGGAAAAACAGACCCGCACGCCCCGAGCCACCAGCAGCAGUCCGUGCUUUUGGUUCCCAUGGAUACCCCAGGGAUAAAAAUCAUCCGGCCUCUGACAGUAUAUGGGCUGGAGGAUGCUCCAGGUGGCCAUGGUGAAAUCCGAUUUGAGCACGUGCGUGUGCCCAAGGAGAACAUGGUCCUGGGGCGCGGCCGAGGCUUUGAGAUCGCCCAGGGCAGACUGGGCCCCGGCAGGAUCCAUCACUGCAUGAGGCUGAUCGGGUUCUCAGAGAGGGCCCUGGCGCUCAUGAAGGCCCGUGUGAAGUCCCGUGUGGCCUUCGGGAAGCCCCUGGUGGAGCAGGGCACGGUGCUGGCAGACAUCGCACAGUCGCGGGUGGAGAUCGAGCAGGCCAGGCUGCUCGUGCUGAAAGCUGCCCACCUCAUGGACGUGGCAGGAAAUAAGGCUGCAGCUUUGGAUAUAGCCAUGAUUAAAAUGGUAGCUCCCUCCAUGGCCUGCCACGUGAUUGAUCGCGCUAUCCAGGCCUUUGGAGCAGCGGGGCUGAGCAGCGACUACCCCCUGGCCCAGUUCUUCGCCUGGGCCCGAGCGCUGCGCUUUGCCGAUGGCCCUGACGAGGUGCACCGGGCGACAGUGGCCAAAAUGGAGCUGAAGCACCGCACUUAGACCUUGGGGACUGUGGAGGCCGGAUGUCCCUGCUGGGCCAGCCAUGCCCAGAACCGCAACUGGCAACUGCUUUGAGAGGUCUGCUGUGUGGGGUCCUUCACCCUGCCCAGCAGCUCUGUCCUGGGACAGUCGAGGUGCACUCAGCCUCUUCAGGUCUCCACAGAGGAUGUUUCUGUGAGAAGCCUGGUGUUUGCGUUUCGGGCAAGGAGGAGGGCAUUGGCUGUGAGCUGAGCGGGUUUCGAGACGGAGCCUGAAAAGCUGGUCUUUGGGCUCUUGGUGCUGGGCUGGGCAGCCCAAGCCGCCUUCUGUCUGGCUGUGAGAAUCUGGACACGUCAGGAGCCAGGCAGUGUGCCAGGCUUGCUGUGGAAGCCGUGGCCUCCUGUCCCUGGCAGGCAGGGGAGCAGCCACCGGCGCCAUGGCCUAAAGGCCCAGGGCCACAGUGCUCCUGGGAAAAUGGAAUGAAACCAAAAUCGUGAAGCUGCUGGCAUCUAAUUUUCUUCAUUUGAUUGUCCAUGGCACAGAACACUAAUUUAAAUGUUACUUUGGAAAGGGGCAGUGGGGACACAAAAAAAUAAGAAAAUAUAUCUCAGA